CUACCCCCACUAACGUUCCUGGAAUUUUGGACUUAGCUAUUUUUAAAACCGUCAACUCAGUAGCCACCUCCCUCCCUGCUCAGCUGUCCAAUACUCCGGCCAGCCAUAUACUUCCCCUGCCCCCCACGCCAAACCUUCUCUGGCUCCCUGACCUCAGUGAGACUGCAGCCGGAUCUGGGGACCUGGGGGAGACAUGGAGAAAGAGACGGGGACCCCCUGGCUGGAGCUGACUGACAGAGUAGGCAACCAUGGCUGGAGAAUUGGAUAUCAGAGUAAUGUUUGACCUCUGGAAACACCAAAUUUCUUUUUUCAGUCACUUACAGGACGUGCGGUCAAAAUUCACUAGGUAGGAGGGUCAUCAGCUGGGAAGAACCGGCGCCUGGGGGGACCAGGCUGGAUAGGUAUGGGGGAUCCAGGCCAGUCCUCUGGUCCCCGGUCCCCCCAUGGCAGUCCCCCAACUCUAAGCACUCUCACUCUCCUGCUGCUCCUCUGUGGACAUGCUCAUUCUCAAUGCAAGAUCCUCCGCUGCAAUGCAGAGUAUGUGUCGUCCACUCUGAGCCUUAGAGGUGGGGGUUCAUCAGGAGUGCUUCGAGAAGGAGGAGGAGGCGGCGGCGGCGGCGGCGGCGGCGGCGCGGCUACCGGCCGAGGAGGUGGAGGGGUGGGCUCCGGUGGCCUCUGUCGAGCCCUCCGCUCCUACGCGCUCUGCACUCGGCGCACCGCCCGCACCUGCCGCGGGGACCUCGCCUUCCAUUCGGCAGUGCACGGCAUUGAAGACCUGAUGAUCCAGCACAACUGCUCUCGUCAGGGCCCUACGGCUCCUCCCCCGCCCCGGGGCCCAGCUCUGCCAGGUGCUGGACCUGGCCUCGCAGCCCCGGACCCCUGUGACUAUGAAAGCCGGUUUUCCCGGCUGCAUGGUCGUCCCUCUGGCUUCUUGCAUUGCGCUUCCUUCGGGGACCCCCAUGUACGCAGCUUCCACCACCACUUUCACACGUGCCGUGUCCAAGGAGCUUGGCCCCUGCUGGAUAACGACUUCCUCUUUGUCCAGGCCACCAGCUCCCCCGUGGCACUGGGGGCCAACGCUACCACCAUUCGGAAGCUCACGAUCAUAUUUAAGAACAUGCAGGAAUGCAUUGAUCAGAAGGUCUACCAGGCUGAAGUGGACAAUCUUCCUGUAGCCUUUGAAGAUGGUUCUAUCAAUGGAGGUGACCGACCUGGUGGCUCCAGUUUGUCUAUUCAAACUGCUAACCCUGGGAGCCAUGUGGAGAUCCGAGCUGCCUAUAUUGGCACAACUAUAAUCAUUCGGCAAACAGCUGGGCAGCUGUCCUUCUCUAUCAAGGUAGCAGAGGAUGUGGCCAGGGCCUUCUCAGCUGAGCAGGACCUGCAGCUCUGUGUUGGGGGAUGCCCUCCAAGUCAGCGGCUCUCUCAAUCAGAGCACAAUCGUCGGGGAGCUAUAACCAUUGAUAUUGCCAGACAGCUGUGCAAGGAAGGGCUUCCAGUGGAAGAUGCUUACUUCCAUUCCUGUGUCUUUGAUGUUUUAAUUUCUGGUGACCCCAACUUUACUGUGGCAGCUCAGGCAGCUCUGGAGGAUGCCCGAGCCUUUCUGCCAGACUUAGAGAAGCUGCAUCUCUUCCCCUCUGAUGCCGGAGUUCCUCUUUCCUCAGCAACCCACCUAGCCCCACUCCUUUCUGGGCUCUUUCUUCUGUGGUUUUGCAUCCAGUAAGUAGGCCAGCAAUCCCAUGACUGGUUUGGAAAUGAUUUGGGGAUACAGAGUGGCAUGGAAGAACAUAAAGAAUCACUAAAGGAAAUAAUAGGGACUAGAAGAUACAUGAAACAAUGACAUUUAUCCAGAGUUAGAUGAGGCUGCAGUUCACAGUCAAAACAAUCACAGAAUAAGGAUUCUGCAGAAGGUUUCUGCAUUCCAGACCUCUGUAGGUGCUCUCCACCAAUGUUUUCAGUCCUGUUUAUAGGAAGCAAAUUGCUCCAAUCCAUCUAUUCCAGAGAUCACCCCUACAAGCUUAGCGGUUAGGUGGGGUCCUAACAAUCAAUAAAUUAAGGGUUGAGUUAUUUUAAGAACCAAGAACUGAAAAAGGAAUACAUGAUCAUUACCCAUAAGAAACUCAAAAGAGGAGGAAAUAUGGAAAAAAGUUUAUGAUGAAUAUAUAUGGGUAAGGUAUAUUCUGCUUUCCUACUUCAGAAAUGAAGUGGGUGUUAUCUGGAUCUUAAGUGAAGGGAGUCUCUGCUUUUGGAGAACAGCACAGAUAAGGACAGAAGCCAUCAUCCCCACCCCUAACUAAUCUAUUAUUAAAACUAUGAAUUCUUCACACUAUC